GAAUAUCGAGGACGGCGAACCUCCAUACACGUACAGGCCUUCUUACUGACUUUAUUUUUGAAGCAUUUAUAAAAUCAGUCCGAAGUGUUAAAUCAAAGAUUUAAGACAAACAAGAGCUAUUAUGAUGGCAGCUCAAAAGUUGAGAAGUUACCACUGCAGCAACUCUGGUGUCCCACCCCUGCAACACAGCUUACCGGAACUACUCGACAUCCGUGGCGAUGCCAAUCCUGACAAAGAAGCCUACGUUGUCAGGGACAUUGGUGUACCACGUCAGGCCAUCACUUUCGGAGAGAUGAAGUUAAGAACACAGCAGCUAGCAGCUGCUUUUAUUGCGCACGGUCUAAAGAAGGGCGAGAGAGUGUCGUUGAUGUGCCCAACUUCUAUUGAUUACGUUGUCUGUGAGUAUGCCAUUGCUCGCACCGGGGGAAUUCUCGUCAGGUUGCAGAGUUCCUUCAAAACUGAGCAAGAUUUGAAAUAUCUUCUCGGAAAGAGUGGUGCCAAGUGGAUAAUAGCACAACCUGGUCACAAUGGGAAAAACUAUGAAUUGUUCACAACCAUCUGCCCAGGGCUUCGCGAUCACGAUCCAAAGAUGAAACUAGGAGUGGAAGGAUUGCCCGACCUUGAAAAAAUUUUCAUAUUGGGGGAAGAGCCAUAUGAAGGAACCAUUCUGUUGAAGUCGAUUACCAGUAGUCAAAAGUUCGACCUGAAGGAACUUUACCAAAGACAAACACUGUUAACAAAUGAUGAUAUACAGGGUCUGAACAUGACAAGUGGAAGUACUGGAUACCCUAAACUUGUAGCACAACCUUACGCUUAUGGCAUCAAUGGCUGGAGGAAUGCAUCGAUGAUGAAUGGCAUUACUGACCGCGAUAUAUACAUCACAGAUAGGCCUAUGCCUUAUUCCGGAGGCAUGACUGGUCCAGCCUUUGGGAUUGGGUACACCAUGGUCUAUGUUGUUACAAAGGCUUCAGUUGGCGCGGGAUCAGAGGGAUCAGAGUUCAUGCUCCAGUGUGCAGAGGAAGAAAAGUGCACCGUCUUGCUGACGUUUCCGUACCUAUUAACAGACUUAGUCCAAUUGGCCCAAAAAGGCAAGUUCAACGCUGGAAAGGUUCGUGUUGGGAUUUUCGGGGGGCAGAGUGUGAACAGUGCUCUGUUCACCCAGUGUCUCAAUGUAAUUCCGAACUUACUAAAUAUGUACGGAAGCUCAGAAUCAAAUAUCCCGGUUGGAGCUCUUCUACAAGAUUCAGUUGAGAAGAGGGCGUCGACAACAGGGAUUGCAGUAGAUGGAGAGGCGAAGAUAGUCGACGAGGCCGGAGAUAUAGUCCCAGUCAACACAGAUGGCGAACUGUGUGUCAGACUCAAAAGUCUGUUCGUGAAAUAUUGGGGUGAUGAUGAGCUUACUAAACAAGUCAAGACGGCUGAUGGGUGGUUCCUGACAGCCGAUAGAGCUGUAAUGGACCAUGAAGGUUACAUCACCAUCAAGGGCAGGAAGCAGGAAAUCAUUUCCAGGGCAACCGUGAAGAUAUACCCUCUGACCUUGGAGAAUGUCAUAAUCAAGCAUCCAAAAAUCACUCUCGUCAUCGUUGUUGGCGUGCCAGAUGCGAGACUGUAUGAAGAAAUCUGCGCAUGCGUAGUUCCCCAUAAAGAUAAGAAAAUGACGGAAGCUGAAUUGCGGGAGUAUUGCGAUGGAAUAUUUGGCGAAUGCGAGGAUGGGUUGAGUCUCGGUCCAAAGUAUUUUGUUUUGCUCGACAGUCUACCAUAUGGUCCAACUGGGAAAGUAGACCGGAGAAAAGUGAGAAAAAUUGCAAUCGAGCAGUUGGGAAUGGACACUAUGUAAGCAUGUCACAAAGUUUUGAGGAAUAUCAUGACCAGCAGCCGGUCGGUCGUCUCUGCUGCUGCUGUACCGUUCCAUGUGUUAUUGUGUAUGCAUUCAAACAGCACUCUGUGUACAUUCAGCCGUAGGGAACAUUCCAUUUAUCACGAUCAUAACAGGUUCCUUUUCAUUUUGGCAAAUUUAGGUCAUCGAGGUCAGGCCAAAAUUCGGCAGAUUGUUCUCGGUCAUUACGUUGACGCCAUCUUUUGCUUAUAAUAGAUAAUAUAAGGUGUUCAUAGAAUAAACAGUCAUGCCAGUGUUUCAAACAACCACGCCAUCUCACGAAUCCAGAAGCCUUCAAGAAUAACGCUCGAGUAAGAGUCCAAUGGAUCUGCAUAUUUUAUUCAUCUUGAUAUUUUUCGGUACAUACCACGAUCGUCGGCUGAAUAACGUACAGUUCAUCAGAUGACUAAUGUAAUUCUUUCCCAUAAAAAUCUUUUUGAAGCCCCUAUAUUUAACAGAUUGUGAAAGGAGGUUGCCAAAUAUUUCCAUCAGACGCUAGAGGUACGUUAUGCAGCAGCAGGCUCUGUGAUUAUUAUAAUGCUACCGAUCAACCGCGCCGGGAAUUCGCCACGCCUCCGCCCUCAUUACAGGGAGUCUUUGCCAAAUGAAAUGUCUUCCUAGAACGCCGCAACAUUGGCCAAAUAUGUGCUACGCUCUUUCCCAGCACGGGCAAAGCAGUCGCUCCCCGAGCUUGGGCAAAGUGUUGAGUUCCAGUCUUUCAACGAAAUUACUCUGUGUUGUUUCAAACGAUCACGCCAUCUCACGAAUACAUUUAAAAAAUAUCAGCGCUUCGUCUCAGAAAGUUCUCAAAUCAGCAUGUCUCCGUUUUCGGACAUCACUCCAUUGUCGGCACCACUAGGAAUAGCUUUUGGAUGAAUCUAGUCAGCUUGUCUGAAAAAGUAAGAUAACAGUGAAUUUGGUGACUACCGACCAAGUAAAGUAUCUUCUCAUAACUGGACCAAGUCUAGGUGGGCCUUCUGCGUAUUGACCUGUUAUGUGAAAGAGGAGAUGAGAACCGUGCAGAAGCAGCACUCUGGAAUGACCUUCAUAGAGUUAAAAAUGCAAAAACCAAUUCAUGGACUGAACUCAUGCCAUGAUAGAAUAUUGUACUUGAAAUACUGAGGGAGUUCUACAGUAUGGUUCAUAGAUGAAUUAAACAAUGAAAUGCUCUAUCAAUUUUGGUGAUACGAAUAACCCUCAGGUACAAAGAUUCCAAAAGUCUUACCUACGAAUGGUAGCUUGAUUUUGUAAUAGACAAACGGAACAUAGAAGACUAUUCCCACGAGUACCAUAAGUACGGCGUAAAGGGUCUCUAUCCUCGGCUUGUCCACAACUGGGGCCACUAUUAGGAAGAAGCACAACAAAAUACUGGUGCCGAGAAUAGGAGCCGGAGUCUGGAAAAAAACAACAAAAUCACUAUAUUUUCCACAGGUUUUUGGCCGCGAUCUCUUUAUCAUUAAUGAUUAUAUAGUUUAUCGGGAUGGAUGCUGUGUCUCUCGAGCUUAAUGACGAAAAAAAUAAAGCAACAUCGUUUUUAUUGAAGGCUGUUUAGUGAUAGCACUUGCUGUGCCUUUAUCGUGUAUCAAUUUAUGAAGGUACGUACUUGGUUGGUCCCUUUGAUGAGUUAUCAGGACUCAUUUAAGCACUCGGUAUUGAAGUACAUUAAUGAAACGAGUUGAAAGUACAUUACAUUGGAAGUAUUUUUUAAAUUUUUGUAUGUAAGGAAUAACAUUAUAAUUAUGUCGCCGAAUAUUUUACUGCAAGACAUCUAUAAAAUAUUGCUAUAGGCGACAGUGAAUAGGUGAAUGCAUAUGGCACAUACAUUAAAUCUGGAUCAACUCACCUUAAAAACGUUAUUUCUGUUAUCAUUAGCUGUCCUCCUCAAGAUCACCAAACAACAUAUUGUCAUGGCUCGAAAGACAAUCUCACAAAAUAUCCUGUACCUCAUAAGACUGUAGAUGUCGGACACGCAGGUAUAGAUAAAACCAAGGGUCGCCUGAAAUAUAUGCAACAUAGGUGACUUAAUGCAUUUUUAAACAAUGACACUCUUCACAGACAAUCGUCAACUGAAUUGAAGUAACGAAAUUUCGAUCACAGCUUUUUAUUGGUUAAACUCGUGUUUUACUUUCGACAAAUCGACUGACGAGUACGAGAUUGUGA